AUGGAUGGGUGUAAAACGUUGCGACCCUGGCAGGACUCGAACCUGCAAUCUUCGGAUCCGAAGUCCGACGCCUUAUCCAUUGGGCCACAGGGCCGAUAUGUAAGAGAUGACAAUGAUCAUCACAACUUGAAAGUAUCGACUUCUGAAAAUGACUCUGAUAAAAAGUCAGUGGUAAGUUCAUCACAAAUAGUGAAUUUUGGGCUACAGAAUGCCUUAGUUGAUGGCAUCGAUACUGAGAAUGGCAAGGAGUCACAGUGCUGA